AUCACAAUUACGAUACAGCUAAAACGAUUAAUUUCUAAAAAAAUUAUUUUUAUAUCAUCGCAGUUCGCACUUAUGUACAAAUUGUACAAUAAAUUUAUAUCUUUCCGAAGCUGCUCUUACUGUAAGUAAUAGAAGGUGAAACUUUUUACAGCGCAGUAGCUUUGUUCCUGAACACUGCUCUUUCGUAUCCAUCGAGAAUGAGGAUUUUUGAGUGGUCAAUCGAGAGUAUUCGCCGCACUGCCUUGACUGGAGUGAUGUUGAUUGUUAUUCCCUUUAGACCAGGAUUGUCGUUUGAUACCGGAUCUCUCCAAAGCCUGCUGGCAUCAAACAUAUACACCGCCAGCAACCCCGAUAUGAGUGCCCCGGCGGCUGUGGUAAAUUCAGACGCAACGAGAGCACAGUCUUGGUCACUAAACAACGGCGUCCCAUCCUCCCUGGCUAGCAUGUUGUCAGCUAUUCCAGAAUUUGCGAAACCUGGCCACCGAGCACCAUCCAGCGGCGCGAAUGAACGCCACGAGACCUACGAGACGUUAUCUGUGGACAUAAACGGACCGCGAGAGGCGACUCACCAGAUUAAAAUAGUCGAAUCCAUCAUUGACACGCCACACUAUCAGCGACUAAACCAAAUGCACAUCAGUAAGCCAAUACCUUCUUCCAAAUAUCGCCAGCAACUGAGAAGGGCCGACCCUACGGCUGCGCCGAAUGUGGUGCCUCAACGCCAUGGUAUCACCGCGUUCAACCAGACCAAACAACGCAUACAUGCCGAGAAUCAGAUUGCAGUGACCACUACCACGCCGCAGCCUCAACGUGUUCAGAACCUCAAUGGAAAUGGAGUGGAAAGGAGCCCUGGCUCGGUCGAUGUCGUCGCGACCACUGCGCAUACGCCACAGUUGGAACUUGGGACGAAUCUAAACACUAAAGAUGCCGGAAAGAAACCUCAAUCGGGGACCACCGUACUUAAUAACGUGACCAGCUCGCCGGCCUUUACAUCAACAGUGCCGAACGCAACAGGGCACGAUCCACAGCACCAUGAUCGUGAUGCUCAAGCAGUGCUGAGCGGAUUACAAAAGUUGAUAUCCCUAGCAAAUAGCUCCCAGCCACUGGAUAUGAUUAAUUUUAACUUGACCAGUGUACAAAAUGAUCAUACUGUGAUUAUGGAGGAAACCAAGGUCCGCCAGAUAUUUCGCGAUCUUCUCGGUAUAACAAUUUAAUUAUUAAUUGCACAGCGCCUGAAAUUUGCACCGGCUUUAAAUAAAACUCUUGAUACUGCAAGCACUGUAGCUGACAAAAGGAGCAUUUACUAGGGUAAGCGAUGUACGUGCACUGGAGGAAAUCGUCUUCAUUUUGUUUGGUAUGCUGUAAACGAACGGCUCGCUUAAAGCAGAUCGUUGUAAUUUUUUAUCCAUAAUAAAUGUGAAACCUUAUGGUUUUACAACUUUUGAGUACAUCUAACUCAUAAUGAAAGCAUGUGUAAUAAUUACAUGCCUAUAUGUGCGCGUACAGUUUGGCACGCUUUGCAAACCUUCAAAUUAAAGA